AACGGAUAUGAGGAUAUGAGGGGUACAAACUUCAUCCAUAAGCGUUUGCUGUCAGUGGAAGAAGAGAAAGUAAGAAUGGCUUGUGUAGGUGUAACCAUGACCAUGGCGGCAUCGUUUGGUCUGAGAUACUACCCAUCGUGCUCUUACCCAACUCAACUCAAUCACGGCUCAGUUCAACUCGGUAACUUCAGGAGGCCCAAACCCUUGAGACUCAGUUCCUCGCAAUCGCAUAGCAUUUCUGGGUUGGACUCGCUUCUUCCCCACAAGCUCUGCACUAUCAAUUUCACCCCUCCUCGCCGCCUUAGCUCUCUUACCAUCGUCUCCGCCAAGGGCUACAAAAUGAAGACCCACAAGGCUUCGGCGAAGCGCUUCAGGGUGACGGGUAGAGGAAAAAUAGUUCGGAGGAGAGCUGGAAAGCAACAUUUACUUGUAAAGAAGAAUGCCAAGAGGAGAACUCGACUCUCCAAAAUGCAUGCAGUUAGUCGAAGUGACUAUGACAACGUGAUUGGAGCCUUGCCAUACCUAAAAGUAAAUAGGAAGGCAGAGUAAAGGUGAUUUCCAAACUUGAUGCAAAUGGAAUUUCUGACAUGUACUCUUUUAUUUCUCAAAUCUUUGUACGAGUGUUUGAUCUUUUUUAUUUUCUUCAAUGAUCUUUAUUUCCUUGUC